CCCUGCCUUAUUCAGUGAACAGGAUGGAAGAGCCAUGGUGUCAUGGAAAGGGAUAUACUUCUUACUUGCACUGUUCUUGGCAAGUUUUUUUGGGAGCAUUUUCAUGCUCAGUCCUUUUCUACCUUUGAUGUUUGUUUCCCCGGCCUGGUAUCGCUGGAUCACUGACCGCAUUGUGGCCACCUGGCUCACACUCCCAGUGGCUUUGCUGGAGAUAGUGUUUGGCGCAAAGGUGGUUAUAACAGGUGAUGGGUUCAUCCCCGGAGAAAGAAGUGUCAUCAUAAUGAACCACCGGACGCGAAUGGACUGGAUGUUCCUAUGGAACUGCCUGCUGCGAUACAGCUACCUCAGACUAGAAAAAAUCUGUCUCAAAUCCAGUCUCAAAAGUGUUCCAGGAUUUGGUUGGGCAAUGCAGGUUGCUGCCUUUAUUUUCAUUCAGAGGAAAUGGGAAGAUGACAAGAACCACUUUGAAAAUAUGCUGGAUUAUUUCUGUGACAUUCAUGAACCAUUGCAACUCCUCAUCUUUCCUGAAGGAACUGAUCUCACAGCCAAUACCAAAGCCCGCAGUAAUGAAUUUGCUGAAAAGAAUGGACUUCGAAAAUACAAAUAUGUCUUGCAUCCACGAACUACUGGUUUCACUUUUGUAGUAGAACGUCUAAGGGAAGGUAAUAACCUUGAUGCUAUUCAUGACAUCACUGUGGCAUACCCUCAAAACAUUCCACAAACAGAGAAGCACCUUCUGAAUGGAAACUUCCCAAAGGAGAUACAUUUUCAUGUCCAUAGGUAUCCAGUACAGACUCUGCCAACUUCCAGGGAAGAGCUGCAGCUCUGGUGCCAGAAGCGUUGGGAAGAGAAAGAAGAGAGACUCCAGUUGUUCUACGAAGGUGAAAAGUACUUUGAUGUAACAGGGCGAAGCAUAAUUCCACCUUGUAAAUCUGAGCUCAGGGUCCUAGUGGUUAAAUGCAUCUCGCUUCUGUACUGGACAUUGUUCACACUAGCUAUGUUUGUGUUGCUGUACUUGUACAGCUUUGUGCGAUGGUAUUGUGUGACUGCGGUUGUCAUUUUUGUUGUGCAACAAAAAAUAUUUGGUGGGUUGGAAAUAAUUGAACUUGCACGUCACCGAUAUUUUAAUAAACGACAGAAUGGAUAUGGCAGGAAAACAGAAUAA